AUGUACAAUAAUAUUGGUUUACAAACUGCACGCGGUUCAGGUACGAAUGGUUACGUUCAAGUUAAUCGUAAAGAAAUUAAAUACAAUGCUGAAAGUGAUAUCAAAAGGAUGGAGGCUGAAAUAAAUAGAAAACCUGAUCCUGGAAUAAUCGAUCACAAUAAUAAACGCGUUAUUGAGAUUAAAGUUGAAGAAUUAGGUGACGAAUUAGAGAAGAAGGGUGUCUCAGUUGAAGAAAUUGAAAAAGAGAAGGAAAAAUACCGCAAUGAACUAAUGAAGAAAUAUCAGAAGGGACAGCUGGAUGUUUCACCUUUUGUAAAAACGAAUGAUACACAUUUAAAUGCUGUUCUGGCUGCGAAAAUGAGGGAUCGAAUGCGUGAUGCUUUUGGUAUUGAUAGUAAUUACACAAAUGGGAGUUCCUUUGAAAAAGUAAAGAAAGUUCGUGAAGAAUCUCCAAGUUCAUCAUCUUCAUCAUCGUCUUCUGAAUCAUCUGAUGACAGUGGAUCAUUUUCUGAUUCUAAUGAUCAUCCGUCGGAAGCUAGUAGCUCAGAACAAAAUUCCAGCAAAACGUCUUCGGAGGACGAUGAAAAGCGGCAUAAAAGCAGUGAUAUUGAUAGAAAGAAGUAA